UUAGAAACCCUAAGCUAACAUAUUCUCACACCGAUUCGUUGACUCGGUGGUCUCCAGACUCAGUCAUGGCUGACCCUUCGUUACCGCCUCUGCCUCUGCCUCCGACGGAACGCGCCUCCUCCGAAUCGACGAACGACAGCUCGGCGCUCUCCGCCGCCGAAUUCCUCUCUCGUUACGAGGUCCUGAAGCGACGCUCGCAGCGCAUCAAACGCCUCUCGAAGCUCUACAAGUCGCAGUACUGGGCGUUGAUGGAGGAGCUGCGGGCGAAACACAAGGAGUACUACUGGAUGUACGGGAAGAGUCCGUACAGAGACGACGACAGGAGUCAUAAAGAGAACAAUAAUAACAAUUGUAGUAAUGGUAAGAUUAAAGAGGAUGGUAAUGGUACGAACCGAAGGGAGGGAACGGGAGAGGACGACGGUGUGAUGAUGAAGAAGUGUGGAGUGGCGGGGUGUAAAUCGAAGCCGAUGGCGUUGACGAGGUUUUGCCACCCGCAUAUUUUGUCGGAUUCGAAACAGAAGCUUUAUAAGGCCUGUUCUUAUGUUGUUAAAAGUGCGCAUACUGGACCUAUUCUCUGUGGAAAGCCAAUACUGAGAUCCACUGUUCCUUCUCUGUGCUCCAAUCAUUUUCAGAAGGCUGAAAAGCAUGUUGCACGAGCCCUUAAAAAGGCUGGUCUGAAUGUCACUUCACCAAGCAAGGUUGCCCCCAAGUUACAUGUUGUAGUCGCAGAAUAUGUGCGCCAAAUUCAAACUAAAAGAAGAGCUGCUCAGAAGGCCUCUAUAGCCAAAGUUGAGAUUAAGGAAGAAAAAGCUAGUUAAAAAUCUAGCUGGUUCUGCUGAUUAAACUGGUUAAGGCUUGAUAUUUCUGCAGAUUUUGAUUUGUAUAGAUAGGUUUACUAUUAGGGAAGCUGAUAGAUUUCAAAUCUGGGGUUGAGUAAUAUUUCUGAUUGAAUGAAGCUGGACCAUCUGGAUGUGACAUUGGAUUUUUGCCUUACAAGUCAAUUCUCUGUGCAUGGUGAAGGCCAUUCUCCUUGUGUAUUAUAAUUUCUAGGUGGACGCGUGAAAUUACCGAUUCCAAGAGAAGGAAUAAUGGGUGAUGUAAAUGAAGAAUAUGGAGUUCACAACUCAGCUUAUAUAUAUGUGCUACUGGAAACGUGGGAUAAUUGGCUGGUAAAAAAAUUAUAAAUAUUGACUUGACAUUUCAACUAGCUGUUUUUGUAAAUUCAAUACUUCUGCUAUUUUUCGCCUUGAUUAUUUGUCUAUGUUUAUUGAUCAUAUAGCGUAAAUGCUAUCUGUGAAUGGAAAAUUUAAUCUUGUUCUAUUAAU